UUUCUCCAAUUCCCCAAAAGACAACAUUCAUACAUACUAAAAUAGAGAAUUAGUUCUUCGGAAUAGUGGCAUUAUUAAAAGUCGAACUUUAUAAACAUUCAGCUUCAUAUGGUCUGAACGGCUUAGUUAUCAAGUGUGCACUAAACAAAGGUUUGAAUCAUUACACUUUUUCAGUCUAUAAAAACGCCUUUGCAGCUCUCUUCAUUGGUCCUUUUGCUUUCUUCCUCGAAAGAAAAAUUAGGCCAAAGAUGACGAUUUCUAUCUUCCUGAAGAUCAUGUUGCUGGGAUUACUAGGGCCAGUGAUAGACCAGAAUUUGUUAUUUGGUGGGAUGAAAUUUACGACUGUAACUUUUGCGGCAGCUAUGCGCAACAUUGUUCCAGUCAUUACCUUUGUUAUGGCUUUGAUCGUAAGACUUGAGACGGUGAAGAUGAAGAGUUUACAUAGCCAAGGCAAGAUCCUAGGGACAUUAGUGACUGUUGGAGGAGCCAUGAUGAUGACACUAAUUAGAGGUCCUUCCAUUCGAUUUCCAUGGACAAAUGACCAUACUCUUCAUCAUCAAACUUCUGUUAACACUUUCAAUACUCAAGAUCAGCUUAAAGGAUCUCUCAUGGUCACCGCCAGUUGCUUUUCAUGGGCAAGUUUUCUCAUUGUCCAAGCGCUUACAUUAAAGUCAUACCCGGCUGAGCUCUCUUUCGCAACACUCGUGUGUAUGAUUGGCGCAUUGGAAGGGUCUCUACUUGUUGUUGUAGCCGAGAGGGCCAAUGCCUCAGUUUGGUCAAUUAACUGGGACAUCAAACUACUUGCGGAAAUUUACAGUGGGAUAUUGUGUUCUGGAUGCGCAUAUUACAUUUCGGGAGUAGUAAUGCAAGAUAAAGGUCCAGUUUUUGUGGCCGUUUUCAGCCCUCUUGGGCUGGUUUUUGUGGCUAUUUUGGGGUCUACCAUUUUAGCCGAGAAACUGAACUUGGGAAGUGUUCUUGGCGCUGUAAUAAUAGUCUUUGGCUUAUAUUUGGUCCUAUGGGGCAAGUGCAAGGAUCAAAACCGACAAGACCAAGAGUCAUCAAUAGCUCAACAACAAUGUGAUGAGCACGAAGAUAGUGAUGUUAAAACACAAUGUUGUUGAAUCUCGUGAGAAAACAUCCAGUGAUCUUGAUUCUCAUUAAAGAAUGAUCAUUUAGUAAAUGGUUCUUUUGUUUA